AUGAGCUCCUCACCCUGCUCCAGUAGGUCGCCUCCACCCCGAAGAAAUUUUCCAAAGAAGUCGAGGCAAGAUGAUGGUCUUUGUGCCACUAGCGACGUGCCUAUCAUCAAUCAAAGCCAGAUCGAUGAUCUCAACAGCACAAAGCUAGGAGAAGGUACAUAUGGCUACGUAAUUAAAUGUCGUUUCCGUCCUACGCCCGAUUCUUUGUGGGAAAAUAUCGCCAUAAAGUACGGUAAUGACUCUCGAUACACAAAGCUUAAUACGGGAAGCGAAAGUUAUUCUCACUCAUAUUUCGCACCCGAACUGUAUAAAAGAUUUUUGGAUUUUAUGAUUGCCCGAAGAAAGGAAUGGGUGUUGCAAUGGAAUUGA